CAUUACGUGACGCGGGCGUACGUAAAUCGGGAAGUGCGCUGUAAACAUUUAACAAAACUUUUACUCGCACAACUCGGCAAAACGUAUUAAAAAUGUAUAUACGCGGAAAGAAAGGAGUGAUAAGUUGUGGAAUUUAAUUUUAGUGCGUUUGACGCUUAAGCGCAGGAAUUGUUUGUUUACAUCAUGGAACAUCGCGCAAGCUAACGUUAGCACACUAGCAUGCUAAAAACAAAUCAUGUGAUCUGUUAAUAAUACAGCAGCUGUACCUUCAUGAAUGAAACAUGACAUUAAUGAAGCGGGUAACUUGCAUAAUCUCAGAGAAGUGGCAGGUUGUGAUUACAAAUUGAACAAGUACGACGCUAAGCUAACAGUAUUCGAGGCUUGGUUCUUGGUAACAUGCCUUGUUCCUGUGGAAACUGGAGGAGGUGGAUUAGACCUCUUGUGGUUUUGCUUUAUAUCUUGUUGUUAAUAGUCGUCCUGCCCCUAUGUAUUUGGGAACUACAGAAGUCAGAGGUUGGGACUCACACCAAAGCGUGGUUCAUUGCCGGGAUAUUCGUCUUCAUGACCAUACCGAUAUCCCUGUGGGGAAUCCUCCAGCAUCUUGUUAACUACACUCAGCCAGAGCUUCAGAAACCCAUCAUCAGGAUAUUAUGGAUGGUGCCCAUUUACAGUUUGGACAGUUGGCUUGCCUUGAAAUAUCCCAGUAUAGCAAUUUAUGUGGACACAUGCCGAGAAUGCUAUGAGGCUUACGUCAUUUACAACUUCAUGACCUUCUUACUUAAUUACUUGGAAAAUCGGUACCCCAGCCUCACAAUGAUGCUGGAGGCCCAGGACCAGCAGAAACACCUACCCCCUCUUUGCUGCUGCCCACCUUGGCCAAUGGGAGAGGUUUUACUUUUAAGAUGCAAACUGGGAGUGUUGCAGUAUACUGUCGUCAGACCCGUCACAACAGUAAUCGCCUUAAUCUGCCAGCUGAGUGGAGUGUAUGAUGAAGGCAACUUCAGUUCAGUGAAUGCAUGGACAUAUUUGGUCAUCUUCAACAAUAUAUCACAGCUGUUUGCCAUGUAUUGCCUGGUGCUGUUCUACAGAACUUUGAGAGAGGAACUUAGUCCAAUCAAACCAGUUGGAAAAUUCCUCUGUGUGAAAAUGGUGGUGUUUGUGUCUUUCUGGCAAGCUGCAUUGAUUGCUAUCCUGGUGAAAGUGGGAGUGAUUUCUGAGCAACGUACGUGGGAUUGGCAGAGUGUGGAGGCUGUAGCGACUGGAUUACAGGAUUUCAUCAUAUGUGUGGAGAUGUUUUUGGCUGCCAUUGCCCAUCACUUCAGCUUCACAUAUAAGCCUUACAUCCAGGAAGACGAGGAGGGCUCUUGUUUUGACUCCUUCAUGGCAAUGUGGGACAUAUCUGAUGUCAGAGCGGACAUUACUGAACAAGUCUGCAAUGUCGGAAGGACAGUCAUGGGUCGUCCGAGGAAGUCUUAUUUUGGUGAUGUUCAGGAUGACGGUGAACGAUCAGGCCUUCUCUCUUCAAGCUCUCAAGAUGCUGUCACAGAAACAUUGUCCAACCCUGUGUCACCUAAUGGUCAGUACCAGGGUCUGGGAAAAACCGUCACAUCGCACUCAUUGUCAGCACCUGCUGGGUUCAGCUCCACCUCCUGGGAUGAAGAAACUGAGGCUACAUCCAGAGAAAGCCAGGGUUCCAAAGAAAUGGAAGCAGAUCUCACUGUAAUUACAUGAAGACUCUAUAAGACUACACUAUAAGAUCUUGUCCAGGCUUACGAUUGGACAAGAUCCAACUAUGACGUCAACACUUUCCUUCAGAAAAUUUAAAUAAUGCAACUUUAAACAAAAACUCAUUUUUAAAAGGAUACAUUCGAUGAGGAAAGGUAUUUGUAAGAAUUGCAAAACCAAAUGGGCCUUUUGGCCAUUGACAGCUCCAAGAAUGUUAAUGGCACUUGAUGUUUAUAUGCGGUAAUUUUAAACAUGUACAGUAUAUAUGUAGCUUUUCUUGGUGUAUAGCCUAGCAGAUUGUGUUGGAAUGUUGGUCUUAUUCAGUAACGGGGAAGUUCAGUUGUCAUGGUCGGUCUCACAGUGCACCUUAAAGGUCCAGAGAGCACAACUUUGAGUUGCCAAUUUAGUUAUUUAGAUUUUGGGUCAGAGUGACGCCUGGAGUCUAAUUGUUACAUGAACACUUCAAUUCCAAGAAUGAAAUUAUCUGUCGUGUUCCACUCAGAUCCAACAGGAUACAGGGAUAUUAGUUUGGUUUUAAGGGAAGGUAUCCGUUGAUAUUCUGACUUAGGUGGUUAGAGGUGUAUUCAUGUGGGCAGGAUGUAGAGCAACACUACAUGAUUCAAGUAAAAAAAAAAAUUAUCUUUGGGUAUGUAUAGUUUGAAAGAAUUCUUGUUCAUUAAUCAUUAGUACAUUUGUGUCUAUUGUAUGACAACAUUCAAGUAUUAAAUCACAUCAGGGUUUGGAUUCAUAGUAAACAGUCCAAGUAUUUAAAAAACUUGCAAUAAUCUUUAAAAUUCAAUCUGCACAUUGUUAUACUGUCAACACUUUACUCAAUCAUGUUAACUUUACCAAUUGUUUUCUCAGCUCAGGCUCACUCAGUUAUCUUCAACCGCUUACUCCAAUUAAGGGUGGCGGGGGCUGAAGCUUAUCCCAACAGACAUAAGGUGUGAGGUGGGAUACACCCUUGACAGGACACUAGUCUGUCACAGAACUACAUACA